AGGGAAAAGAAAGCAGAAAGGACCAGGAAUCGCCAGAGAGCGAGAGGUGCUGUGUGCUCUGUUAAAGCUGAACCAUCAGCAAAUUCAAGUACAUAAAUCUCUGCAUACAAUUGAUCUGAAGCUGCAGUCCAGCAUAUACAACUAAGAAAAAAAGGUUUUUACUGCAAGUGAAAUGGCCCCCAAGAAGAAGGCCCCUCGUCAGAAGAAGGCUGCGGCGGAAACCAUCGCCCAGGUCGCCAUGGAGACCGCCCCGCCUGGCUUGAAGGUGGAGAGUCGCGGCGACGGCGUGGUGGUGAUGGAGAGCUGCGUGAAGAAGAUUGAGCAGAUGGCGGCGCUGGACAUCGCCCAGCUGAACAGCCUCAACCUGCCCCUGCCGCCGCCCGUCAUCAAGCCCGGGGAGCGAGGCCUGGGCCUGGGCAGCGAGCUCACCAGGCCGCUGCACGGCAACGCCCUGCUGGAGGAGCUCAGCAAGAUGCGCCAGGAGAAGUUCUUGACUGAUCUGGAGUUGGCCUGCAAGACAAAAGCCUUUGACGUCCACAAGCUGGUCAUUUCCUCGGUCAGUCAGUACUUCAGAGAGAUCCUGGCCAAAGAUCCUGGAAUGAAGCGUCUGGAGCUGCCCUCCCUCUCACCUCUGGGUCUGGCCAACGUCAUCACCUUCGCCUACCUGGGACGCGUCCACAUGUCCCUCUACACCAUCGGCUGCACCGUCUCCGCCGCUGCUACCCUGCAGAUCCCUCAGCUGCUGAAGAUGUGCAUGGACUUCCUGCUGGCCGAGCUCAACGUGCAGACCUGCGUCUACAUCUGGAACAUCGCCGCCGCCUACGGGCUGGUGCCCGUGUGCAACGCAGCCCGCCGCUUUGUCCUGGAGAACUUUGUGCAGUUCGCAGAGACGUCGCUCUUCACACAGCUGACCCUGGAGCAGAUCUCCGCCUUCCUUCAGGACGACGCUCUGGCGUUGCCGUCAGAAUUCGUUGCCUUCCAGCUCGCCAUGAAGUGGCUCGACUUCGAGCCGUCUCGUCAGGCCCACGCCGCCGAGAUUCUGUCCCACAUCCGUUUUGAGACGAUCCCGGCCAGCGAGCUGGUGAGCCAGGUCCAGCCGGUGCCCCGCAUGAUGCUGGACCCCCAGUGCCACCGGCUGCUGGUGGACGCCAUGAACUACCACCUGCUGCCCUACCAGCAGAACACCCUGCAGUCCCGGCGCACGCAGGUCCGAGCCGGCCAGCAGACCCUCCUCACCAUCGGGGGACGGCCGUCCCUCACCGAGAGGGCCCUCAGCCGAGAGGUUCUGUGGAGAGACCCCCGUGAAGGAGGGGCCGCCUGGCGCCACCUGAGCCAGCUGCCGGCCAAGAGCUUCAACCAGUGCGUGGCUGUGAUGGACGGGUUCCUGUACGUGGCGGGAGGAGAGGACCAGAACGACGCCCGGAACCAGGCCAAGCACGCCGUCAACACCCUGAGCAGAUACGACCCCCGCUUCAACACCUGGAUGCACCUGGCCAGCAUGCGUCAGCGCCGCACCCACUUCUCCCUGGCGGCCAGCGGCGGCCGCCUGAUCGCCAUCGGCGGCCGCAACGUGGAGGGCCUGCUGGCCACCACCGAGAGCUACCUGCCCUCCUCCAACACCUGGCAGAUGCGGGCGCCGAUGGACGUGCCGCGCUGCUGCCACUCCAGCACCACCAUGCCCUCCGGGGACAUCCUGGUGACCGGCGGCUACGUCAACUGCGCCUACUCCCGCUCCGUGGUGAGCUACAGCGUGGAGGCCGACGCCUGGGUGGAGAAGCCGCCCAUGGAGACGCCCCGGGGCUGGCACUGCUCCGCCACCCUGGGAGGGAAGGUGUACGUGGUGGGGGGCAGCCAGCUGGGGCCCGGCGGGGAGCGGGUGGACGUGCUGUCGGUGGAGGUCUUCUCCCCGGAGAGUGGUGCGUGGAGCCGGGCCGCCCCCCUCCGCCUGGGCGUCAGCACCGCCGGCCUGUCGGUGCUGAACGACACGCUGUUCCUGCUGGGCGGCUGGAACGAGGCGGAGAAGCGCUACAAGGCGGCCGUGCAGAAGUACGACCCGGCCACGGACAGCUGGUCCCGGGCCGAGGACCUGCCGGAGCCCACGGUGGGGGUGUCCUGCUGCACCCUGACCCUGCCGCCCCGCCACGCGCCGCGCCGGCUGCAGCACCGCAACACCCCGGGUCACGAGGAGCCGGCCGGGAAGAACCGGAGCCGGGAGAGCAGCGCGGCGCCGGCCCAGACCGCCAACGCGUAGGGCGGCGCUGCAGGCGAGACGGGCGGUCCGGCAUCAGGACCACAUCUGGAUCAAGUCUGACUCCUCUUCUCCUCAGCAUGCGGACAGUUGACGCCUACUGCUGCUUCUAGAUCUUCAGAGCAACAUCCGGUGUACGACAUCAGCCGAGAAAUAAGAAAAACGCAGCGUAUGUCAAUCAGAUAAUUGCCAUAAAUGCAAAAAAUAAUGACUGAUGGCUCUGAAAACAGUUUAUAAAAUAAGAAAAAGCAGCGUCCGCCAAUCAGAUCAAUGCAAAAAAUAAUGCAAGUAGAAAUGACUUAUUCCACUAAAACAUGUCCAAUAUUUUAUUCCGAAUAACUUGCACCAGUUUUGAAGAAAUGUCAAUUCUGAAUCAGUAAUUUUCUAAAACAGAUUACUUCAGAACUUGACGACGAGAGCAGAACGUUUAAAUCAAACAUCAAACCAGCUGCAGACUCGGAUGCAGCUAAUUUUUCUGAACUUAAAUGGUCCGAAGUGGAGGUUUAAGAGAGAUUUAAAACAAAAGGUGAAGCUGGAUUAGUCAAGCAGGUGGAGGAGGAGGAGGAGGAGGUGACUGAAGGAUGAUGAUGAUGAUAAUGAAGGAUGGAGGAUGGAAAGACGGGAACAGAGGUGGUUCAAAUCAAGCUGGUUAGAUCUGUGAUCGAGGUGGUUCUGGUUGGACAAACUUCACUGUGAAUGUGUACAAAAUGUGUGUAUCCCAGCAGUGUGUAUGAGGGUGUGUAUGAGGCUGUGUGUGUGUGUGUGUGUGUGUGACUGAUGCAACAGAUGAGCCGAUUACUGACAAAAACCAGCGAUAAUGUCGAUUUUUCAGCAACAAACUUCAAACAUUUCUCCUAAAAACGUGAACAGGCCAGCGAGGAACCGACCUGUUUGUGACUUUAUUUAUUUAUGGACAUGUGAAGCAGCACGAACGUAACCAGCAGAUAAACACACAUAUUUAGGCUACAUGUCUAUGUGUAGGCUGUGCGUAGUGGUUGAAAAUAAAGAUUUUAUAAAAGAAAAUAAAAAUAAAUGUACCAUAACUUAUAGCUUCGUGUGAAACAAUGAAGACUUAAAAGAAGAAAAAAAAUUAGAAAAACUUGAAAAACUCAAAAAAAAAAAAAAGUAGAAAAUAAAAUACAAAAAAAAAAAAAAGCUCCAGCACAUCUUUCCAUUGGUUUUAACUGAAAUAAAAGCAGUGAGACUCCAACAUGGAAAAGAUCAGCCGACGGUUAAUUAUAUUAUAUUUCAUCUUGAGAUAAAAAGAUGCAUAAAAAGAUUUGUCUCAUUUGAUCGGAUGGAUCUCUGUAUUUUUCUCAUUUAUGAUUUGUCUCUUUGGAGUUUCACCAAAUAAAGAAAAUCUCCCCAACAAA